AUGUCGGUGUACCGUUCUCCGGAUGGAAAUUUCAAUGACUUCUUAGAACGACUGGAGGACUGUUUGAGUUAUCUCUCUCUUAGAAAAAAGAAGAUUGUGGUCUGCGGAGAUUUCAAUAUACAUCUGGAAACCCCAUCCACCAAGGAAAGACGCUUCACAAACUUACUGCUUAGCCAAGGUCUAUUUGUGGCAAAUAGGCUCCCUACCAGAGGUCACUCUUGUCUCGACACUAUGGCUACAAAUAUUGACUCAUGGGACUAUAAUGUCUCAGUUGUAACCCCUAUGGUCGCUGACCAUGACGCGGUUGUGAUGGACUUAAACUAUCCGUGCUCAGCCACAUCUGAAGGUAAAACUCCUCCUUCAUGGCAUGAAGACUACAAUUUUAUUAAAAGGACAGUCAAAGAUGACCAGCUGCCCCUGUUAUCUUGGCAAUUAGGACAACUGGACUGGAGGAAGGAAAUGCCUGAAUCUACUGUUCUGGAACCGGAAUCCUGUUUCAAUUCAUUUUUCACCUCUUUCAUGUUUGAAUUUGACAAUCUCUUCCCAGCUAAAACACUUAGUGGAGUUAAGAGUAAAAGAACUAGGCCUACUGCCAAAAUUGUGGACAAAACAUGGUACACGCCGAAAUUGCGUCACCUUAAGUCUCUUGUGAUUGCAGUUCAUGAUCGCUACAAAUCUGCCAAGUCAGUGGAAGAACAAAUCAAACUCUACUCGACCUAUCUUAGAACAAACAGACUCUACAGGUCGAAGGUUACGGACGCAAAAAGGGCCCACAAUGUACAGUUCAUUGAAAAUUCCCCAAACCCCUGCAAGGCUGCUUGGGAAGUGGUUAACGACUCAAGAUCUAAAAAGCCUAAAGUUGUCAGUUCUUCGAGUCCAGACUCCUUUAACAACUUUUUUGUCGACACUGUAGAAGAAAUUGUGUCAAGCAUACCAGCUGGAGUACAGGACCCGUUAAAUUUUAGAACUAUAAAUGCCGAGCAUGGCCAGGGCCCUUGCCUGAGCCAAUGGAAAGAGGUGACCCCAUCAGAGGUGGUCAAAAUUGUUAAAAACUUCAAAGCAUCAAGUAGCCCUGACAUCUACGGAGUGUCAUGCAAGGUAUUAAAGGCGGUGAUUGAUACUGUGGCGGUUCCUCUGUGUACAGCUAUAAACAGCUGCCUUAGACAGGGUGUUUUUCCUGCCAAAUUGAAAGUUGCAUGUACUGUGCCUAUCUUUAAAAAGGGAAAUGCAGAAGACAUUGCAAACUACAGGCCUAUCUCUGUCCUCCCGAUAAUGUCUAAGGUGCUAGAAACAAUUCUAAAAACUCAAUUGACAAAUUUCUUUGAAUCUCACCUUCUGUUGGGAGAUCACCAACAUGGCUUCAGAAGAGACCACUCUACCACCACUGCUCUUCUGUCUUUGUCUGCGGAAAUUAUCAGGGCCUUUGAGGAUGGGGAUUCGCUGGCCUUAACGCUAUGCGAUCUGAGUAAGGCUUUCGACUGUGUGCCUCAUAGAAUCCUACUUGAUAAGAUGAAGAAGUACGGAAUAAGGGAAAUUGCUCUACAGACCCUGGAAAACUACUUGGAAAACAGACGCCAGAUAGUCUCCAUCGGUGGCGCAACAUCUAGCAGCAGGGAAAUUAUGCACGGCGUCCCACAGGGCUCCGUACUGGGACCAUUGCUGUUCAUCAUCCUAGUCAACGACCUCAGACUGAACGGCCAGACAUUACUUUUUGCUGAUGAUACCACACUGGUCUCAAAAGGAGGGUGCAUGGAUGAAGUUCUCAGAGAUGCCUAA